AUGAUCGCCGAAGCUUGGCAUUUUUGCGGAGAAGUUAUGGGCGGAGGCUCUAGAAUCAAUAGUAUGGUGUACACACGUGGUACUGCUGCAGACUAUGAUUCUUGGGCACAGCUUGGUCAUCCGGAUUGGACUUAUGGCAAGCUCUUGCCCUAUUUUAUUAAAAGUGAGACUGUCGUGGGCUCACAUAAGUCGGAAUAUUGUGGGACUUCUGGCGCUGAUCCCGGUGUAGGCCCAUGGAUUACCCAGAAAUUUCCUUUUCAUACUUGGAGGUUCGCAGCAUAUCGAGUCUUUUCAAACGCUGCUAAAGCCCUAGGCUUUGUCCAAAUUGACGACCCAAACACACCUGACGUCAUGGUCGAUGGGCUCCCAACAGUGUUCUUUACAGUGAAUGAGCAGCGACAGAGAGUAUCUACCUUCGACACCUUUCUUCCUCGAGAAAUAGUCUUGAAAAGAGAGGAGCAUUUGACACUCUGCACUAACACGGUUUUAUCACGAAAGGACAGAGUUCUGCGUCCCGAUAGAGUCUUCUUCAAACUUUCUAAUCCGAAAUCUGACAAGAUAUAUUCGGCUAAAGUCAAGAAAGAAGUCAUCGUUUGCUCGGGCACUCUAGGGACACCCCAAGUCUUAAUGUUGAAUGUAAUCGGUCCCCGGAAACAUCUAGAAGAACAUGGAAUCAGUGUUAUCAAAGACCUACCAGGCGUUGGAUCCGGAUUGAGCGAUCAUCACGGUAUUCCAAUUGCAUGGAAGGUUCCAGUCAAAGAAUCACUCACUAGACUAACGAUCCAUCCAAUGCUAGGCGUACUUGAAUCCUUCAAACACAUAGUUUUCCGUUCCGGCAUUCUCAGCUUGCCCAUAAACAAUAUAACUCUAUUCGUUCAAUCUAGAAUACUCGACCAAGACUAUACCGGAAUUGACAAUAAAAAGCUUGCCACAGCAAGUAGUCAGAUUCAAGAUUUGAUUCCAGAUAUUGAGCUUAUGCCUCUCGCCGUCACCGCCAUGGAUGAUUUAGAGGAGCACCAACGUUUAUUUUCCAAAAUGGGUAUGUUCUCCAUCUUGGCCACUCUCGCGAAACCAAAAUCUCGAGGGACCGUUCGUCUUGGGUCUUCAGACCCACACCAUAGACCGAAAGUUGAUUUUGGCAUUCUAUCAAAUCCUGAAGACUAUGUCGUUGCCCGAGCCUCUGUGCGACUUUCCUUGAAAAUUGCAGAGACUAUGAAGGCUUCUGGAUUCCCGCUACAAGAGAACAUUACUUUCCCGGAAGAUAAACAGGCCAAAGAUGCGACGAAUAACAAUGAUGAGGAAAUCGAUAAAUUUAUAAGGCGUAGGAUCAGGACGAUAUAUCACUAUUCUUCUAGCUGUAGGAUGGCUCCUGUGGAUGAUGCUGAAUCUCCUGGAGUGGCGGACGAUCAGCUGGAGGUCCAUGGUGUGAAAAGUUUGAGACAUAUUCCCACAGAUUAUUUCGCAUCACUACAAGCGCCAGCUACAAUGGUGGCAGAAAAGUGUGCUGAUCUGAUCAAGAAUCAUGGUUGA